CGUAAAGAUGAACCAUCUUAAGUAUCUCCUGAUAGGGAUAAGUCUCCUUUUGGGUGCAGGAAAUGUCUGGUGUGAUUGCCAACUGAGCAAAGCCAAUACAUGGAGUGAUCGAACCUUUGCCCACAUCGUCUCCAAUCGAUAUGAACUUUUGCUAACGGAUCGCUUGCAGACCAAUCAAAACCUGCAUUUACUUUGUGGUGGCGGGCAGGUGGUUUUCAGCACCACUUGUCAGUCGAAUGGACACCUUAACCCACCAUUGCCCACAACCAACUGCACAGUGCCUCUGACUCCCACUGUUCAGGCAGUCAGAGAUCCCAGUUGCUCGCAUACCAUGUACCGUGUGGGAUUUCCCUAUCAACAACAGUUCCUAGAGAUCUAUCGAAGCUGCUACCAGGCCUCCACAAUGACAGCUUAUUUCUCCAUCACCAAGGUUUAUCCCACCUAUUUGAAUUCCGAUGGCCCGCCUCCGACUUUCGAUCGAGACGGAUUGAUAAGUCCAGCAGAUGUCGCCACAUUCCAGCGUAAGAGCAUCUACAAUCAAUUCGAGAGAAUUCUGGGACGGCACCAGCGGUAUAUCCCGAAUGACAAAAGUUCAUCAUUCGAGCGUGGCCACCUGAGUCCAGCCGGGGAUCACACCUUCACCCGGAACCUGCGGCAGACGAACAAGUACCUCAAUGUGAUGGCCCAGCAUCAGAACAUCAAUCGCAGCAACUGGAAAAUUGUGGAGAAUUGGGUGCAUCGCUUAUUCGCCGUACGUCAGUUUGAUGUCCUCAAGGUCUGCACGGGCACACUGGGUGUACUUGAGUUGGACAACACUGCUGGGCAUCCGGUACAGAUUUUCCUGGCUACGAACAAGAAUCCUGCACCCAAAUGGAUGUACAAGAUCGUUAGCCAUCUCUCUGGCUACAAAGUAGUGGUGUUGACCUACAACAAUGGAUGGGCAACGGUCAGUCCAGAUCCCACAUCGGUGUGCCAAAGGGUCAGCUGCCCCAGCUCUUUGACUCCCAAUGGGACUGGUUUUACCUUCUGCUGUGAUCCAGUACACUUUAUAAGCUCUAAUGUCCCUAAUUUGACGGGCGUUUGCUAGGAGCUAUCUUAGAUCCAUUCUAUAUACUGAAAAUUAUUUAUUUUAUAUAUUUACAUGGAUGGUUUGAAGUUAA